GAGCAGUACACCCACGUCUACUCCCGUUAACCCCGUGUAUAGACUCACUGACACGCCGGGCCCAUCCCCGACCUCCUCCGUCCACGUCAGCAACGUCACGUGGCGCGCCCGCCACGCUGUCCCCAUUGGCUACUUGCGCCCUACUCCGCCUACUCCCCUCAUCUCCUUCCUCCUCCUCCGCCGCCGCCGCCACCACUACUAAAACCCUAGCUGCUCGCCUCGCCCACGCCCUCGCUCGCCUCGCCUGAUCCCGCCGCGUCGUAGCAGCAGGGCGGAGCCAUGUCGUCCGGGAAGGGAGGUGGAGGCGGCGGCAAGGGAGGCGGAGGGAAGAAGAAGGAGGUGAAGAAGGAGACGAAGCUCGGGAUGGCGUACAAGAAGGAUGACAACUUCGGGGAGUGGUACUCCGAGGUUGUCGUUAACAGUGAAAUGAUCGAGUACUAUGACAUAUCCGGUUGUUAUAUCUUGAGGCCAUGGGCGAUGGAGAUCUGGGAAUUGCUUAAAGAAUUCUUUGAUGCAGAAAUAAAAAAGCUGAAGCUGAAACCUUAUUAUUUCCCAUUGUUUGUCACUGAGAAUGUCCUACAGAAGGAGAAAGACCACAUUGAGGGCUUUGCACCAGAGGUAGCAUGGGUCACUAAAUCAGGAAAAUCUGAUCUGGAAGCUCCUAUCGCAAUCCGUCCUACAAGUGAGACUGUCAUGUAUCCAUACUUCUCCAAAUGGAUAAGAAGUCAUCGGGACUUACCUUUGAGGUGUAACCAGUGGUGUAACGUCGUGCGAUGGGAGUUUAGCAAUCCAACUCCAUUCAUAAGGAGCCGUGAGUUCCUUUGGCAAGAAGGGCAUACAGCUUUUGCAACUAAAGAGGAGGCUGACGAAGAGGUUCUCCAAAUUUUGGAACUCUACCGAAGGAUUUAUGAAGAAUUUUUAGCAGUUCCAGUUUCUAAAGGGAGGAAAAGUGAGAUGGAAAAAUUUGCUGGUGGACUGUAUACAACAAGUGUUGAGGCCUUCAUUCCAAACACAGGACGUGGUGUACAAGGGGCAACAUCACAUUGUCUUGGUCAAAACUUUGCAAAGAUGUUUGAUAUCACUUUUGAGAAUGAUAAGGGCUCAAGAUCCAUGGUGUGGCAGAACUCUUGGGCAUACACCACCCGCUCGAUUGGGGUGAUGGUGAUGACACACGGAGAUGACAAAGGUUUAGUGCUUCCACCAAGGGUGGCACCUCUGCAGGUCAUUGUUAUUCCUGUUCCAUACAAAGAUGUUGACACAACAGCUAUUGUAAACGAAUGCAAAAAGACUGUUGAGACACUGGAGAAAGCUGGUAUUCGAGCAGACUUGGAUACCCGCGAAAACUAUUCUCCAGGAUGGAAGUAUUCCCACUGGGAGAUGAAAGGCGUUCCUCUAAGAAUUGAGAUAGGUCCAAAAGAUAUGGCAAACAAUCAGGCCCGUGUUGUUAGGCGAGACAAUGGUGCAAAAGCUGAUAUUCCUACGGCUGACUUGGUUGAGAAAGUUAAUGGGUUACUUGAUGAGGUUCAGAAAAACUUGUUUGAGACGGCGAAACAAAAGAGAGAUGCCUGCCUUAAGGUUGUUAACACCUGGGAUGAAUUCAUAGUGGCUCUGAAUGACAAAAAAUUGAUCCUGGCUCCAUGGUGUGAUGAAGAGGAAGUUGAGAAGGAUGUGAAGGCUCGGACAAAAGGUGACCUGGGAGCUGCCAAGACAUUGUGUACACCAUUUGAACAGCCAGAUCUCCCAGAAGGAACCACAUGCUUUGCUUCUGGAAAGCCUGCGAAGAAAUGGUCAUUCUGGGGCCGCAGCUAUUGAUCUGUAACGGAUCUCGGUUGUGAUCAUUCAUUCCUGCUGGCGAAGCCGUUGAUUCACCAUAGACAUGUAUUGCAGUUUUCAUACUAGCAAAGCAUGAUACACAUACAUCUAUUUACCGUGCAGUUUUGCUGCUUGUCAGAAAUCUUGACAUUGGAAUGUUUAAGUAACAUCUUGUUUGGUUCAGAAUCUUGUUUACCCAGCAACUUAAUUGAACUAAUCGUUGACAUUGUGUUUUCCGUUA